AUGCCAGGAUAUGCCAAGUUCAUGAAAGAGCUAGUCACAAAGAAAAGGAGCUUGGAUUUUGAGACAAUUGAAGUUUCCCAUAGUUGCAGUGCAAUUAUGACUAAGGAGCUGAUCAAAAAGAGAGAAUAUCCCGGGGCAUUCACCAUCCCUUUCACCAUUGGCAUGCUUCAAUUUGCUAAAGCUUUAUGCGAUUUAGGGGCAAGCAUCAACUUAAUGCCCUACGCGAUAUACAAGCAACUUGGGUUAGGUGAACCAAAAGCAACCACAAUGAGACUCCCAAUGGCUGACCGUUCUAUCAAACAUACUACCAUUCUUAGCAACCGGAAGAGCAUUGUGGAUGUUGAAAGUGGAAAUUUGAAGUUUCGAAUGAACGAAGAUGAAGUAACCCUCAACGUUUGUAAAUUAAUGAAACACCCAAGUGAUAUAUAUGUGGUGUCCACCAUUGAUGUUAUUGAUGACGCGGUGGCUAGUGUAAGCCAUUUGAUGUGCAUGAGCGAACCUCUUGAAACCGUGCUUGCUAACUAUGAUGAUUUUGAAAUUCAAGGUUACGAAGAAGUAGUAGCUUCUCUGUCAGGCUUGGGAGGGUAUUCAAAGACUCCAUUGAAAUUGGACAUUGAUUUGAAAAAUAGAGAGAGUCCUCCCGCAAAGCCAUCAACAGAAGACCCGCCAAAUCUGGAAUUAAAAGCACUUCCCCCUAUCUCCGAUAUGCUUUCUUGGGGGUAA